UUUCCAGCUUCUCUCACCCCAAUCAUGACAAGCUUCAGUGUAGGCCAGUCAGAGAAAUUAAGGCCGUGUUCUGUUGAUAAACAACAUACACAGAAAUAUAACUCAUUAACUUCACUAACAUCACAAAAAAAAAUGAUGUGAAAGUUUCAAUCUUAUUCCACCUCUCAAGUGAACAGUUUAAUUUAUCAUAUGCUACAAAAGUUACAUUAGUGUUGUUAAAUUGGUUGCAAUAAAGACAGCCAUAAAAUUUUAUGUAACUGGCUAUUAAAUUCAUAGCUCGCUUGAUAAUAAUGUUACAUUGGACUUGCUCUGUUGAGACUAAUUUCUUCAUUCAAUUUUAAAUUCGUGAACACCUUAUCAUUUUGAAGUUUUAGAUCUUUUAAUAGUAGAAAAGUAGGAUAUUAAAAAAAAAGGCCCAUCAGUGUUCCAAGUGCCAAACUGAUCAGAUAAUCAUUGCAAUUUUGCCUUAUUUCCUUAGCAACUGACAUAGCUGAUUACAUCUAAAAGUAAAAUUUCCCUUUAUCAAGCAAUGGUAAUUACGAGUCAUUCAUGUUUUUUCUGAGAGAACAAUAAUUUUACAAAAGCCACAAAUAAAUUAUGAAUAUAGUGGAAUAUUUCGUAAAAAGUAUAACCUUGAGCGUGUGAUCCUCCUCUUGCAUACAUGUUCUGGAAGUCUGAACCCUAUUUUGCUGCUAUACUCACAAAUCUAUUCACAUUAUUAUGUUAUAUGUGAAGAUCUACUCCUGUUUAGUUCUGUGUUUGUUAUAACUGAAAAGUAGUAUGUUGUCUUGUAUCAAUCCUGAUUAUUAUAUACAGCCUCUUUUAUUGAUCUACAGUACAUAUCCAAAGUUCAAACUAUGAAGAUCAAGCUUGUUGCUCAUUGCUAUUUCAUGAAGCUGUUAAUUUAAUUAAAGAUCAAGAAAUUAUUUCAAAUGUAACUUUAUUGUUAUUUUUUAUUAACUCAUUUAUUUAUAAUAUUCUACAUCAAAAUUACAUAAUUAUUAUUUACCAAUAGAUAUAGGCCUAAUUCUUCCUUAUGGUAAUUAUAGCAGGCUACCAUUAAAUAUGUAAAAUCGUAAACCUGAAAAGGUUGUUGCUGGAUUGAUUUAUACAAAUUUAUUUAAUGAUAAGUGUAUUCAAGAAAAUAUCCUUUCUUUUAACACCUGAUGGGGCUAUUUCCAAAUGGAUGCAAGUCCAAAGGUUAACUUUAAUCACCCAGCAAACUCAAAACCUUUACAACUUUUUUGUGUAUGCUUGGCAGGUGUCUACGCAGUACACGUGGACAAAAGCUCCGUAAUGGAAAACCUCAGCGAGUUUCUAUGCAAGUAUAAAGGUUAUAUUUUUGCAAAAGGAGAAAUCACUGAGGAAUAUUUGGACUCACUUCAACAUUUUGAGAUUCGUGACAGUGACAUUUUUUUGGUGACAUACCCCAAGUCAGGUACAAUAUGGGCACAGAAUAUCAUAACUUUGAUCUGCGAGGAUGACUUUAAAGAAACUAAAUAUCCCAACAAUCUUGAGAAGAUGCCUUGGUUGGAGUACCGUGAAGGCAGACCCGAUUAUGCCUUACGCCCAUCUCCACGUUUUUUCGCCACCCAUCUUACACCCACACUAAUGCCACCGGGACUCAAAAACAAAAAGGCCAAGUUAAGUAUUUAAAUUGUGUAUGUGAUCAGAAAUCCAAAAGACAAUGUUGCAUCAUAUUUCCACUUUUGCCAUGUCUGGGCCAAACUUGAGAGACCAAAGAGUUUUGAGGAUUUUCUGAAGCAAUACCUAUCGGGAAACGUUGGUGGUGGUUCUUGGUUUGAGCAUGUCAGAGAGUGGUACACUAAUAGACACCAGUAUAACAUCCUAUUCUUGACAUAUGAGGACAUGGUCAUGGAUUUAAGAACAGCAGUGGAGAAAAUCUGCCGGUUCUUUGAGAAAAGUCUGGAUGAUGCUGCGAUAUCCCGUGUAGUGGAAAAGGCCACUUUUAAAAACAUGAAGCAGGACCGCAAAGCAAACUAUGAAUUUAUCCCUCAAGACCUGCUACUUCAGCCACAAUUUAUGCGCAAAGGCACUAUAGGUGAUUGGAAGAACAUCUUUACUGUGGCACAAAGUGAGAUGCUUGAUCAGAUCUUAAAUGAAAAAAUGAAAAACAUACCUCUGGAUUUCAUCUGGGACAGCAAAAUAAAUUAAAUGGAAUAAUGUUAGUAAUACAAUACAAAUAUAGCAAUGCCACUAACUUUGAACAAAUUGCAAUCAUGUUUUGCUUUCUUCAAUUAUACCUUUGGUAGGAACAAGAACUCCUCUAAUAAUGCAUCUGACAAUCAAGCAUAGGUUUUAAUAAAUGAAAUCCAUGUUAAUUACUUCUCUACAUUUGAUUCAGACUAACCAUAUGGUUAUCAACUGGUAUUAAUUACCUUUUUAGGUUUUGGAAACAGAGAGAAUACAUUUAUCUGCUUUAAAUGAUCAUUAAAACCUCUUUCUCAUCUUU